GGGAGUUUCAACAUUUUCUAGGUCACUUUGAUAUUGGUUAGCAGUUGUAAGUGACCAAUUGAAUGCCUUGUAGUUUAAAGUUAUGCAGAAUGCUCACUUCGUAGUUAGUCGUGCCAUAUUAAGUUCUACUAAGGACACAUUUCGACGUUGCUUUAACUUGUCUACCAAACAUUUAUUUACUACGCCUUACCCGGUCUAUAAAAUCUGGAUAUCACGUCACAUUCGCUUUGAUUUAUUCAACAGAAAUUUUAGCUCUUCAGGUCCCAAGAGUAUUACCGAUUCUCCAGUUGAGAAGAUAAAUGCCAAAGUUGUUCCGAAAAUUAAAACAAGCUUUUCUUAUGAUGAUUCUGUUAAGUCUGUGAAAUAUAUCACACCACUUAGAGCAUUACGAGAAUAUAUGCUUACAAAACAUGAUAUAGAUCAGUUACCUCGUUAUUACAGCCGAAGUCCAUAUGGCAAUGAAACUAAAACGCUUGUUUUCCUCCGAUCAGAUGUAGAGCAAAUGGCUUACGCAAAGCACGGAGGCCAUGAUGAUUUUGAGUUACGACGGAAACUCAUGAAGGAUAUGGAGCGAAGAACCAAAACAGAAAUCUUCGAUUUAAGGAAGGCCUUAAAAUACCUUCAGAACUCAGCAGAAGCCAAGGCAACUGGAACAUCGGUUUUUAUGGAUAAACGGAAAAGUUUGUUUACGUCGGGCCCUGGUCGUGUUGUUCUUUUCGCAAUAGCAAUAAAUGGUCUCAACGUCGCAGCCAAAGCCUUUGGUUGGUGGUAUACUGGUUCUAAAAGCAUGUUUUCUGAGAUGAUGCAUUCGCUGGCGGACACGAUGAAUCAGGUUCUCGUUGCUUAUGGUUUAUAUUCAUCACUUCAGAAACCAGAUGAAACGCAUCCGUACGGUUAUAUUCCAAUGCGUAAUGUAUCAUCAUUGAUAAGUGGUGUUGCCAUUUUUUUCCUGGGAGCUGGUCUUACAUUUUAUCAUAGUGUCCAGGGUAUUUUGGAGCCUCACGAAUUUGAAUCUGUUAAUCUGGCUUUAAUGGUCAUGCUAGGUUCGCUUCUAUCCGAAGGAAGCACCUUGGCUUUGGCUUAUCGCGAAGCUAAAAGAAGUUUAAAACGCCAAAACUUCUAUUCCGUUAGACAUUGGUUGUUUUCCGGAGUUGAUCCAAGUACUAGUAUGGUUUUAUUAGAAGAUUUGGCUGCUGUCAUUGGCGUUGUUGUGGCAGGGUCCGCUAUGACCGUAACUGCUUUCACUGGACAUGUUUUACCUGAUGCAAUUGGAGGGAUUUGUGUUAGUGCGAUUCUCGCUACAGUAGCUGGUCUGAUCAUACAUACGAAUACUGAAAUGUUAAUAGGAAGAGCUAUUCCAGUUGAAAAUCAAGAGGCAAUUAUGCGUGUGAUGGAUAACAUAAAAAUUAUUCGCGGGACAUACGACAUAAAAACAACUAUGAUUGGUGGUGAAGAAAUACGAUUCAAAGCAGAAGUUGAUAUUGAUGGUCGAGAACUUACUAAACGUUACCUAGAAACCUUAUCACUAGAUGAUCUUCUUCAGGAGGUGAAAAAUAUUAAAACUGAACAACAGCUGGCUCAUUUUAUGUUGAAACAUGGUGAUAAUUUGGUGAACACACUAGGCGCAGAAAUUAAUAAAAUUGAAGAAAAAAUUAAGGUAAUAUACCUUUUUAUUCAGUUUUCUAUAAUUUGAAGCAAUCUUCGUCACUGACGUCAGAUAGUGAACCGUUAAAGACCAUAAUGGGCUGUUUCUGUUAGGUUUGUUACUUACCACAAGGAAUCUCAUCCAGUAUCUUGACUUGGAUUGUUGUUAUAAAGCAUUUAAGUGUGAAACAGUUACCAACUAAUAAAGCCAGGUUGUCUUUACUUCGUAUUGCAAAUUGUAUGAGGUUACAGUGAAGAUCAUAGGGCGAAACGCUAACGAAGUUAACACACUCAAGAGCAGACAUAAAAAUCUUGGUCCAUAAAUAAUUAGCAGCUAGUUUUGAAGUGAUUCAUUUGGAUCUUCGGUACAGUUACUAGUGACAAUAUAUCGAGAUAUUAAACUGACAAGUCAUGAAUUGCAUUAAAAAUAUGAUUUUAUAACGUAAUGAAAUUAAUAUCAUUAAUGAAUUGACUGACUAGAUAUAGUAAAUCUGAUAGAUAUAAAUGUUUAGAUCUCUAAAUUGUCACAGCCAUUUUUUAAUCGAAAUUUGUGAAUUCAAAUCAUCUCUGCGCGUAAAUAGACCUGUAUCUAUCUCAUACGAUCAUAUAUGUCCUGGUACCUGUUUGUACUUCUUGUUUGAUUGUGUUGCUAGAUCACUAAAGUUAAUUACUCUGCUUUUACAUCCUUUUGGUUAUUUCUGUUUUUAAGUAAUAAAAUAUCUCCAGAUAUUUGAUUGUAGGACAUCAAUAAUCUGGCUGAAGAGUUAAUAUCAUGCCUUCAACACUUGCUCGUUUAAGGAAGAUCUUCCACAUUAACUGUAGGCGUCCCAUAAAACAUUAGAAAUUUGGUUGUAUUUAAAGUAAUUUGCUGACAGACUUUUUUAUGCUGACUUCAUUAAGCUAGCGAAUUUAAGUUGCGAUGUCUAUGAUUGGCACAAAAGCUAGUCCUUCCAGCUGACAUGUGGAAAUUAAAGAUUGGCAUAUGCUUACGUUUAACAAUCUAAAUAGUAUGCGUCUGACUUCAAAUAUCAUGACUGAUUUCGAAUACUUGGUUUUGUUACCAUCUCCGGGGGUGUACCCAAAUGCAGUACAAUAAAAUUGUUCAUAAUUGUAUUUUUGUGUUUAUUCCAACCUAGCAAGAGGCGUAAAUUACAGCAAUGAGAAAGUCUUCAAUUACCCUAUAAGGCAUAUAACCUUUGCUUUCCAGAUCCAUCAGUUGGAAGAAUUAGAUUUUGUACCGGUCACAUGUAUCGUGGCCAAAUUUUGUGGUCAAACGAAGUCAUCUUUCUACAUUGAGAAUGAAAGGAAAAUCAAAACAGUGACGCGUUAUUUAAAAGAUACCUAGAAUGGUAGACCUGAGAGGCGCAUAUGCUGCUGCGACUUAGUAGUUGAAGAUAUUUUAAAAUAACUGAUAAUUUAAAAGAGCUUAAUCACCCUCACAAAGUGGGCAGUUAUUUACACAUUUUUAAGUAAACUCAUUUCCUCAUAAGAUUGUCACCAUCAACUUGUUUUUUUUACUUAAAUCGCGUUUAGAAAGUCAAUCGAGUUUAACUAAUAUAUGGCAAUCAGUCACUUGAGCCGAUCAGUUACUCUUUCAAGUCCAUUUUUUUUUGCAUUAGGUCAUGUUUCACUGGUCAAAUUUAUGAUUUGUCCUAUGAACCCAUUUACUUGCUUACCUUUUGCAAAAAUUUGAUAGAAAUCACUAUAAAUUAUUCCUAAGAAUGCAAUAUUAUGAAUAGCAUGUUCACGUUCCUUAUUUUACCAAAUUAUGCGUCAACUAAUCUACAGAUUGUAUUCCACUUUUUAGAAGGAAUUCCCAAAUGUAACUCAUAUCGACAUUGAGAUUAACUAAACACUGGAUUUCCGAUUUAUUAUCAUUAUUCAUUUUGCGGACUACCCUUGCUGCAUAUUUCUGGCUUUUCUGUGAUUUGAAAUCCAUAUUGCACUAUGUAUAGUAAUAUAAAAUAUAUGUACAC